UCAGAUCAAAAACACAAACACAUUCUUCUCCGCUCAUUUCCUUCAUCUUGGUUAUUACAUGAUCGACAUGAAGACUCGCACAAACCUAAAGAGCUUGUUGGCCGCCGUUUUGGUGUUCUUCCUCGGCGCCGCCUUGUUCAUCUCCAGCCUCACCGGAACAGGACCCUCCUUCCUCUGCUCUCUCCCUAAUCUCAUUGACGAUUAUCACCCCACGGCAACACAGCUCCAGGCGGUGCUCCACUACGCCACUUCAUCUAAGACCCCGCAACAAUCGCGUGCCGAGAUCAGCGUCUCCUUCGACGUCCUUAAAUCCCGGGCGCCCUGCAACUUCCUCGUCUUCGGUCUCGGCUACGACUCGCUCAUGUGGGCAUCGUUCAACCCACGUGGCACGACAUUGUUCCUUGAGGAGGACCCAAAGUGGGUCCAGACCGUCCUCAAGGCUUCACCGGAGCUAAGGGCCGAGACCGUUAACUACCGUACGCAGCUGAAGCAGGCGGACGAGCUGCUCUCAUCGUACAAAUCCGAAGCGACGUGCGCGCCGUCUGAGGCGGUCUUACGUGGCAACGAGCGGUGCAAGCUGGCGCUGAGCAACCUGCCGGAGGAGGUGUACGAGAAGGAGUGGGACUUGAUCAUGAUCGACGCGCCAAGGGGUUACUUUCCCGAGGCGCCUGGUCGGAUGGCGGCGAUAUUCUCGGCGGCGGUGAUGGCUAGAAGGCGGAGGGGGUCAGGUGCGACGCACGUGUUCUUGCACGAUGUGGACCGGAAGGUGGAGAAGGCUUUUGCCGAGGAGUUUCUCUGCCGGAACUUCCUUGUUAAGGCCGUCGGGAGGCUCUGGCAUUUUGAGAUUCCCUCCGCUGUUAACGCCACCGACGUAAGUUUCUGCUGAAAUGCGCCACCGACUGCUAGUGUUGUACUGUUGUUAAAACUUAGAACAAAAUUAAUAAAGAAAAAGAAAAGAAAAAAAUGUUUCGGCAUAGCAUAGCAUAGCGGCAAAGCCAUAAGAAUUGAGAAAGAUAGGUCAUGGUAAUAAUAGGUUUAGGUUAAUGGGAGAGAUAAUUAGUGGCGAUGUAAUGUUCCGGUGAAAAUAGUCGUACUUUUUCUCAAAAGGUUAACGGUCGACUGGUGAUUUUGAUUUUCGGACUUUUCCAACUUCUGUUUCAACAAUUGAUUGAGUGAUUGAUAGAGUUUGUGUUCGG